AUGCUAGUUUUAUUUGAAACGGCCGCCGGCUUUGCGCUAUUCAAAUUACUUGACGACGGCAAACUGGCAAACCCUGAGCAACUAUGGCGUGAUUUUGAAACACCAGAAGCUGCUAAUCGAGUGGUUAAACUUAAGGCAUUCCAAAAGUUUGAAAAUAUGAAUGACGCAGUUUCCUCAGUUACAGCUAUACUAGAAGGAAAACUUUCAAAAGACUUAAGAAAAUUUUUAAGAGAUUCGAUUGAUGAGACUUCACUUCAGAGCGAACAAUUAGCUGUUGCUGAUCAAAAAUUAGGUGCUGCUAUCAACAAAAAACUUGGCAUCAAAGUUGUCUCUGACUCUACCAUUCUCGAUCUAUACCGUGGUAUACGUCAACAGCUUGACGCCCUGAUAUCGGAUGUCAAUUCGAAUGAUAUGUCGUCAAUGGCUUUAGGCUUGUCACACUCCCUUUCACGAUAUAAACUCAAAUUCUCACCGGAUAAAGUUGACACAAUGAUCAUCCAAGCGAUUGGAUUAUUGGAUGAUCUGGAUAAAGAGUUGAACACAUACUCGAUGAGAGUUAAAGAAUGGUAUGGAUGGCAUUUUCCAGAGAUGAGUCGAAUCGUUGUGGAUAAUUUAGCUUACGCUAAAGUAGUACACAAGAUGGGGUUCCGCUCCAAUGCACGGAAAACCGAUUUUUCUGAUAUUCUGCCUGAAGAUAUAGAGAAAGAUUUGAAAGAAGCAGCAGAAAUAUCAAUGGGUACCGAAAUAGCUGAGGACGAUAUAUUAAAUAUCAAAUUCGCAUGUGAUCAGGUUGUCAGUCUUAGUGAAUAUCGAGCAGAGCUCUUCCAAUACUUACAAAAUCGCAUGUCGGCAAUUGCACCUAAUCUAACGACACUUGUUGGAGAUUUAGUGGGUGCACGACUAAUAGCUCACGCUGGGAGUUUGAUGAGUCUAGCCAAAGCACCGGCAAGUACUGUUCAAAUCCUUGGGGCCGAGAAGGCUCUCUUUCGAGCAUUAAAAACAAAACACGAUACCCCGAAAUAUGGAUUAAUAUAUCACGCUAGUUUGGUUGGUCAGGCAGCACAGAAAAAUAAGGGCAAGGUGGCAAGGAUAUUAGCGACUAAAACUUCUCUUGCAUCACGUAUUGAUGCUUUAGGCGAAGAAAAAGAUAACACAGCAGAGGCUGGUCGAAGUUAUCGUACAUUGAUAGAAACAAGACUGCGAUAUUUAGAAGGACGUAAUCCGGGCAUAGGGUCGAAAUCACAUCAAAAGAUGAGAAAAGUUGAUAAAAAAGGUAAAAGCACCGCCUCUUAUAAUACAUCGGCUGAUGUCUCUAUGGAUGUCGAAAGUAGCGAAUGA